AUGGCGUCUAUCGAUUUGAAGGAUGCGUACUAUUUAAUCCCAAUUGCAAAGUCGGAUAGAAAGUUCUUACGAUUCAUCUUUGAGGGAAAAUUGUACGAAUUUACCUGUUUGCCCUUUGGGCUCAACAUAGCCCCCUAUACGUUUACGAAAUUAUUAAAACCGAUCGUUAGUUAUCUUAGAGAGCGCGGACAAUUGUCAGUAGUAUACUUGGACGAUUUACUGUUAUUAGGGAACUCGUAUGAUGAAUGUUCGAAAAAUGUUCAAGUAACUAAGCAACUAUUCGAGAGGUUAGGAUUUAUCAUUAAUGACAAGAAAAGUCAGACAAUUCCCUCUACAAGAUGUAGAUUUCUCGGAUUUAUUUACGAUUCUACAACGAUGAGUAUUGAGCUUCCAGAGGAAAAGAUAGAAAAGAUUGCAAGUAAGAUUGAGAAAUUUAGUAAAAUGAGCCACUGUACCAUCCGCGAAUUCGCAGGAUUGAUAGGCACUCUAGGUUCAAGUUGCACGGCAUUAAAAUAUGGCUGGGUCUAUAUGAAAAAUUUUGAGAGAGCGGAGUUCUUAGCAAUCAGGCUGAAUAACGGAAAUUUUGAAGCACGUAUGUCACUCGGUGAUGACUUGCAAACAGAUUUUGAGUGGUGGAAAACAAACAUUAAAAAAGCCAUACAUUCGAUUAAACAGUUCAGAGCAGUUCUAGAAAUUUUUUCAGAUGCAUCGCGUUCAGGUUGGGGGGCAUAUUGCAAGGGUAACCGAACACACGGCCAUUGGAACCAAGAUGAACAAGACUAUCACAUUAACUAUUUAGAGUUAUUGUCGGCCUUAUUUGCAUUGAAAUGUUUUGCGAAAGAUUUGAGGAACUGUGAUGUAUUAUUACGAAUCGAUAACACUACCGCUAUAGCUUAUAUAAACAAGAUGGGCGGUAUUCAGUUCCCAGUAUUGAGCAAAUUAGCAAGAGAGAUUUGGAAAUGGUGCGAAGAAAGAAACAUUUGGAUCUUUGCAUCUUACAUUUCAUCUCGAGACAAUGCUGAAGCUGAUUUUGAAUCUAGACGUCUGGAGCCGGAGACGGAAUUUGCCUUGUCACGCUUAGCUUUCCAAAAUAUAGAGGAUAAGUUCGGCAAGCCCGAGAUAGAUUUAUUCGCAACAAGGAUAAACGCUAAAUGUAAACGUUACGUUUCUUGGUCAAGAGACCCGGGCUCAAUCGCGGUUGAUGCAUUUACGAUAGAUUGGAGUCGGGAUUUCUUUUAUGCCUUUCCACCAUUCGCGAUAAUCUUGCGGGUUUUACGAAAAAUUAAAGAUGAUGGCGCUAGAGGUAUAGUGGUAGUACCGUUUUGGCCGGCUCAAGCAGCCACAUCCAAUUUGGAGGAAGAUUACCCUGGUUGCGGGGGUGCUGUCUGCAAAGCAUUAAAAAAGAGAAAUGUUCCCGAGGAAGCGCUUACCAUCAUGUUGUCAUCGCUGUCGGAGACAUCGCUGAAACAAUACGAUAGCUGUUUAAAGAAGUGGUGGUCCUUUUGUCGUCGAAACACCAUAGAUCCAUACGAGGGCGACACAUCACAAGUAAUAAAAUUCUUGACUACAGAAUUCAAGAAAGGAGCUUCUCAUGGUACGCUAAAUAGCUGCCGGUCAGCGAUAGCUCUAUUGCUCGGACCAGGGUUAGGAGAAGAUCCUCAAGUACGGAGACUGUUUAAAGGCAUUGCGAAACUUCGACCGGGAAUGCCAAAAUACGAGUCGACAUGGGACCCAAGAAUCGUUUUGAACCACCUUUCACAUUGGACGCCAAAUAAUAUAAUUACAUUGGAGAGGCUCACGCUUAAACUGGUAACAUUGUUAGCCUUAAUCACAGCACAACGCAUGCAAACACUCGCGUUGAUUGACAUCAGAAAUAUAAAAAGAUCCACGAGUUUGAUCGAGAUUAAGAUUCCAGACAGGUUAAAAACGUCAAAGAUAAAUAAAACGCAGCCAAUCUUGAAUAUCCCCUUUUAUGAGGAAAACACUAGCGUCUGCGUAGCAUCGACGCUAGAAAUGUAUUUAAACAGGACAAAGGAGUUGCGAGGGACAGAAACUCGGCUAUUUAUAGCACUUAAGAAACCUCAUAAAGGUGUAUCCAGCCAAACCUUGAGUAAAUGGAUAAAAAAGGCCCUUAAGGAAAGCGGGGUGGAUACAGAGAUGUUUAAUGCGUACAGUACUCGUCAUGCGUCAACUUCCACAGCAAAAAGAAGUGGAAUUAACAUAGACACAAUUAAAAGAGCCGCAGGAUGGACAGAGAAAUCUGGUACUUUUGCCAGAUUUUACGAUAGGAAUAUUAUGGUAGAUAAAGGAUCUUAUGCAAAGGCCAUCCUAGCUAGAGUCACUAAAUAA